AGGGUCUAUAUGCUGUGUCUGUGCUCAGCCUGUCAUUCGUGUUUGUUGUUUUUUUUUGGGUAUUUGUUCUGUAGUUUCUCACUAUAUAUUUACAGUUUUAGACGUCAAAAUGCCCAAAGGAGGCAAGAAAGGGGGUCAUAAGGGUCGCAUGCGGACGUUCAACAACCCAGAAGAGAUUGAUGCUCAGAUGAAAGCUGAGAAAGAGAGGAAGAAGUUGCAGGAAGAGGAGGCAGGAGCAUCUCUGAAUGACGCCGAGGGCGAGAAGCUUCCAGGGUCAGGAUCAGAAGACAGUGACGAUGAAGAUGGAUCACAGAAGAGGAAAGGAGUGGAGGGGUUGAUAGACAUUGAGAACCCCAACAGAGUGGCUCAAAAGAACAAGAAGGUGACAGAGAUUCAACUUGAGGAACCCAGAGCACUGUCAAGGAGAGAGAGAGAAGAGAUAGAGAAGCAGAAGGCUAAGGAGCGCUACAUGAAGAUGCACCUGGCAGGAAAGACUGACCAGGCCAAAGCAGAUCUGGCCAGGCUGGCAAUCGUCAGAAAACAGAGGGAGGAUGCGGCGCGUAAGAAGGAAGAGGAGAGGAAAGCUAAAGAGGCGGCAGCGACGGCAUCCAGGGGUGUCAGCGCUCUCUCUCUCAAGUGAUACUUAAUGACAAAGAUUUUAUUUAUUUACUUUUCGCCCCCACGGACUGAAGAAGAGAUAUCUAAACUAUUUUUUAAAGAGAUGUUAUGAAAGGAAUAUGUCACUGUUUUUCUGUACUAUGUGGUGGUGUGAGGAUGGAGAGAUAUAUUUAAUGGUUUUGUACAUGUCAGAAUGAAAUUACGGCAGUGAAGUUCUUAAAGAAAGUUACUAUGGGACAACCUGUUCUCUCUAAACAUACUUCUGCCUUAGCUAUGCAUGGUGAUCAAAUCUAAUGUAAUUGGUCACAAACCCAGAACCAACAGAUAGUAGAACCAGUAUAUAUGGCUGCCUGAUGCAGUGUCCAGGCCCAAAAUGCAACAGAAUGUUCAAUAACAUUAACAAUGUUCAAUAAACACACAGUUAAAGAAUAUAAAAAUAA